AGUACGAGGUUAUCGCUUGGGGUCCGCGUGGCAGUUUCUGCUCGUUUUAGCGGCAUAUUGAUAUAAAUAUCCGCUCCUUUGAAUAAGUUUUGUUUAAUUUUGAGCUGCAAGUGAUCGAGAUAUGCUCACCAUGGAAAUAUAUGAACUUGUCAGGCUGUUUUUUGAGGUUCCAACCUACCAUCUGGUCCUGGAGGCAGUCCUCAUCAUUUGGGUACUAAGCCUCAUUCUGAAGAAGAAAAGCCAUAACCCAGCAAAGUCUUCACUGUCAGAAAAGGGCAGCCACCUGUGGAAUAAGCUCUCAGGGCAUGAGAGGGAGGAGUUGAUUCAGGAGUGGACUCCUGAGCCGCUGGUGCCUGACGAUGCCGAUCAGGAGCCCAUCAAGUACGACGUGAUCCAGGGAAAGGUGGGCAAGUACGUGACGAUCGGCGGCCGCCAGUACCUGAACGCGGCCACGCACAACUUCCUGGGCAUGGUGGGUGACGAGCGGGUGGAGGAGGCGGCCGUCACCUGCCUGCGCAAGUACGGCGUCGGCUCGUGCGGCCCGCGCGCCUUCUUCGGCACCAUAGACGUGCACCUGGACCUGGAGAAGCGCAUCUCGGAGUUCAUGGGCACCGAGGAGUCUGUGCUGUACUCGCUGGGCUUUUCCACCGUGGCCAGUGCCAUCCCCGCGUACGCCAAGCGGGCCGACAUUAUCUUCGCGGACGAGGCUGUCUGCUUCGCCAUCCAGAAGGGCCUGCAGGCGUCUCGCAGUGACGUGCGGUACUUUCGACACAACGACAUGGAGCACCUGGAGGAGCUGCUGCAGCGGCAGGCCCAGGCCGACUGGCUGAAGCCGAAGGCGGCGGCCGAGGUGCGCAAGUUCCUGGUGGUGGAGGGCGUGUACGCCAACACGGGCGCCGUGUGUCGUCUGCCGGAGCUGCUGCGGCUCAAGGCCGAGCACAAGCUGCGUCUGUUCAUCGACGAGUCGCUUUCGCUCGGCGUGCUGGGCGGCACGGGCCGCGGCGUCACCGAACACUUCGGGGUCACGGCGCGGGAAGCGGACCUGAUCAUGGUCAGCAUGGAAGCGGCGCUCGGCUCUGUGGGCGGCUUCACCACCGGCUCGUUCUACGUGGCCGACCACCAGCGCCUCAGCGGACAGGGGUACGUGUUUUCGGCGGCGCUGGCGCCACUCUGCGCCGCCGCCGCCAUGUGCGUCAUCGACCUGCUGGACGCCGAGCCAGAGAUGACUGAUCAGCUGCGCGACGUCUGCCGGGCCAUGCAUAAGGCGCUGGCCGGCAUAGACGGGCUCCAUCUGGUGGGUGACGAGCUGUCGCCGGUUAAGUUCCUGCAGCUGCCCGGCUCGGACUUAGACAGGCGCGAUAGCGAGAGGACCCUGCAGUGCAUUGUGGAUCAGUGCCGGGAGCAAGGCGUGGCGCUGACGCUGGCCCGCUACCUGGAGCAGGAGGAGUACCGGCUGCCGGUGCCGGCCAUCCGGCUGACCUGCACCCGGCUCAUGGGGCCACAGGAGGUGCGCCAAGUGGGCGACGCGCUGGCCACCGGCGCGCGCUACUUCAGCCCGUGCUAGUGCCGCCGCCGCCGCCGCCGGGGUGCCCGAUAUCUCGUCGGGGAGGCCCUCCUUCAUGGAGGUCGCUCUCCCGCCGGGGAGGCCGCUUUCCCGCCAGGCAGGCCAGGCCGCUCCCUCGCCGGGGAGGCCGCUCUCACCGGGGAGGCUGCUCUCCCGCCGGUGAAGCCGCUCUCCCGUCGGGGAGGCCGCUCUCACCGGGGAGGCCGCUCUCACCGGGGAGGCGCUCUCCUGCCGGGGAGGCCGCUCUCCUGCCGGGGAGGCCGCUCUCCCGCCGGGGAGGCCGCUCUUCCUCCAGCU